AUUAGCGUCACUCGGAAUUAUCAUCCCUCGAUUUGAGAUUCGUCCCAAUUUCAACGCGAUUUCGCUCCGUAUAUACGCCGCAAUAAUAAUUGAACGAGAGUCGAGUAGCGUCGGUUUAGUGCCAUUUUCGUAUAUUAUUUUUCAAUAUCUAGCUGCAGAAAUGUGAUUUCGCCGAAUUGCGCCGAGCAUCUGAAACAGCUUUGAUCACUCGUCGCUAUCGAAAAUUUAAUCACACGGUUCUUGUACCUAGAACGAAUAAUUUCAUUAGUGCGAACGCUAUUUUUUAAUCACAUUUCUUCAACGCCGAGCGUUUUUUCAAACCGCAGUGAAGUUUCGAACAGUGGGUUCUGGCAUACUUCUCCAGGACUUUGUAGAAAUCAACGUAAAUAUGUUUACAUCUCCAAGUUCGUCGAGAUAGUGAUUUGAAGUAUUGAAGCAAUUUUUUACCGGACUGUACGCCCAGAGCGCAUCUUCUUUGGGAAGGGAAUUCCAGGAUUUCCGGUUUCGCGAUUGAGAAAUAUUUUUAUUGGGAGUACUGGAUUCGGUUCUCGAUGUUUUUGGAGGCAGCUUGGUUGAGUUAAAAACGGAUGAAAGAAAAAAGUGAUCGAGUUUCACGCCUCAUCCCACAGCCUAUGUUAAACGACUGAAUAAUCAAUAAUUGAAGUCUACGUGAAAACGUUAAAUCGAAGACACGUCAUUCUCGUAAUUCAGGAUGAUGCAAAUCGGAAAAAAAUUGAGUACAAGUGAUUGAAGUGAAGUGAAAAAAAAACAAAAUUUCUUAUUUGUUUUGACGUUUUUACUUCAUUUUGGCUAAAAAAUUUAUUCUAAUCGAAACGUGUACACGAAUAAUGAAAUUAUUUCGGACUUCAUGAUAUAUUUGAUCAAUGAUUCUCUGUUUAUUUAUUUUUUUGAACCCGCUCACAAGGUUAAACACAAUAUCAGAAAAUUAUCUAUAAAACUUGUAACAGUAGAAAUCAAUACACGAUUUAUUUGACUAAAAACUAUUAUUUUUGUUUCAAAAUCAAGGACGUAGAAUACGUUUAUUCGAAAAAUUAGGUCAUCGAAUCGAGCAAAUAACAAGUAAAAAAAAAAAAUCUAACAUAAUAAAACUCAAGUGCUAUGAUUGAAUACCCAGCAGUGAAUGAGAAUUUAACAUCAAGGUCGUGGAUACACGGUGAUGGUAAGAAAUUGAAAGAAAUCGUGACAAACGGUUAUCCGCCAUCAUGAUUUUAAGAUCGAUAAUUUACAACAAGUGAAAAUUGGAUCGCUUGAAAGCGGCAAAGCGAGACAAUAAAGUGCUGCGGCAUAUAUUUUCGCAUAUAAAAUUCGUGUUAAGAUGACAGCUUUUCAAGCUUUAAUUACAACAUUGUUCGCGAUACAGUGGGGAAUUGAUUUAAACAAAUUAACAACGCUCACUGGAACGGCGUCAGUUGUGGCGAACGCUCAGCUGAUCUGGACACCGAUUUACGUCGGUGGAUCGAGUCAAGUCGACCUCUGGACUCAGAGCACCGACGGAUGCGCCUGCAGCUUUAAUUCAACAAGGACAGAUUGCGCCUGCUGCGUUCAGUCCGGCGGAUGCAGCUGCGGCGAUUCUUCGCCCCACAGAUGCGCACAAUGCGGUCUUGAGCAAAACUGUGCAAACAUGUGCAACAUGACGCUGGACAGUAAACAGCUGCUGAAUAAAUCCGGCCGAGGUUUUGGCCAAAUAAAAUCGCCAGCGCUGACCGGCCCGACUAGAUGUACUUACAGAUUUGUACCGGACACCGGACAACGUGUCGAACUCCAAAUUUAUCGCCUCGUCUCGAUCGGUCGACACAACGGUUCGAUGUGUGAGGGUGGCUGGCUGCAGCUGGAAUCUGGAGCGAGGGUCUGCGGUCAAAACGAGAGAUUCGAUCCACCCGUAGUCCUGUUCUCCGAUAAGGAUUCAACGACCCUCCAAAUGCAAAUAAAUGAGAAGACAGUGAGAUCGCAAUUCUUGGCCUAUUUUAGCUUCACUUCCACGACGAGCACCUCCGUCGGAUGGCCGGCGAGGGGAGGAAAGUCUGUAAACAAUACCGAGUGCGACUGGGUCUACGAGGACACGGAUUGCCGGAAGGAGUGCGUCCUGGCGAGUCCUGGAUACCCGGGAGUCUACGCUCCGAACACUCGAUGCCGCUAUCUCGUCACUUCCGGUCCCCACGUGGCAGUGACCAUCAAAUUCACGGCAGUUUUGCUGCCAUACAACCACUGUACCAGCGACUACAUCGCGGUUUAUUCCGGCCCGACGAUUUCCAGUCCGGUAUUAGCGAUGCUCUGCGGUAAUAAGAAGACCUCGGUUACACACGCAGGGCAAAAUAUCUUGGUGGAAUUUAGAUCCGGUCCGGGAGUUCCGCCCUUCGACUACAACGGCUUCGUGGCGACCCUAAACUUUCAGGAAAUAACGACAGAAUCACCAACGACAGUAGCGACGGAGACGACGAGCAGAGCGAACGACGUCGGAAAAUUUGGCAACGGCGGAGGCGGCGGUCCGAACAUUCGGACUCACAAUCAGGAUCAUCGGAGAGAACAUAGACUAAACAGCUGCGACCUCGAGGUCAGAGGCGACGAGGUCAGGGCUGGAAAUCACGACACUAGGGGAAAACCAAAGUCAACCGCUUGUCGACUCGUUCUCAGGGGUGGCUCGUACGAUUCCGUCCACGUGUCUUUGACCAGCUAUAAUUUGAGCGCCCCGACGUGCAGAUCGAUGAUCGAGAUUUUUGACGGUUCCCUCGAGGGCGGAUCAACCGGAAGUACAAAAUCGCUCAAGAGGAUCUGCAGCCCCGCUCAAAGAAUUCCGGGAGACGCGGAAUCGACGGACAAGUAUGCAGAAUCCGAGAGAUACUCGUCAACGGGACGAGAGAUGACCGUCGUUCUUAGAAGAGCCUCGAACACCCCGAGGGACGAGGAAUACAUGGACGCUGUCUACUAUUUUCACGAUGAAAGAGAGGGUGGUACGCAGCAGCCAGCGAGUGUUUGUGACGUUGAAUACUUCGGCCUGAGUUCACCAAAAAAUGGUUCAGUCGUUCACCCGGCGCCCCACCGGCUCUUUUCUUUGGAGGGUCCGCUGAAAUGUCGUCAGCAUUUCAUACCGGCGGCCAAUCAGUCGGUUAUAAUAACCCUCCAGAGCACCAACAAACGGAUAUCUAACAGCGCCUGCGACACGCAGUGCGGAGACAGCGGAUGUCGAUGCUUCGCGAACAGAUCCCUCGAUGAAAUUGAUCAUCUACAGCUCGUUUCCGAAACCGGUCACAUCGUCAGCUGCCUUUGCGGAAGCUAUCAGGACUGGCUUCCGGUGGGAGUGCGAAGUUGGACGCCGGUCUACAUCGAGUGGUCCAGAUCGUCGAGAGGUGGCCUUGACUUCAAGGCCACCUACAGAUUUACCGAGGACGCGUUCUGCGGCGAUCAUUCGACCACCAGACCCCAGGGUGAAGUUACCAGCGGUGAUCUCGCCAAUGAGAUUGUCAAGCUCAACAGAUUUUAUCAGCAGAAAUGUACCUGGGUACUUGACUCCCAAACAGACCGGCAACUCACCGUCGAAGUCGAAUCGAAUCAAAGCAAACCUUGCACAGCCUGGAACCUAACGAUACAUGAGUACAGCAGCAGCGGUGAUCCUGCUGGUCCUAGACUGCAUACUUUCUGCUCGCGGGAUCGUCACAAAAACUUCACUCUGCCUUGGAAAAUGAACACCGUUGUAGUUCGGUUGCAAGCCUUAAGUCGCACGGCUCCUCAAUACGUGAUGCGAUGGCGGAGCGAUUCCGUGACGGCAAAUACCAGAAAAAGCGCCCCGUCGCCGGCUCCGAAUCAGGUUGCAGGAUCGUCACGGAGUUCGAGGGAAUCUCGACGGAUCAUCAUCGCCAUGACCCUCGUAGCUGCUGCGGCGAAAUCUCUACCAAAAGUUUAGAAAAAUACUGAAAUAUACUGAAUUGCACGUAACAGGCCACGUAGUAAUACAUGAAAAGGUGAUUUUAUGUAUGCAUAUGCACACGGAUUCUAAAAAAGCUAAUUUUUGGACAAGUCAGUUACCUCGGUAACGUAGAGUCAGCCGGUAAUGAUCGACCGGUCGGCAACUACGUCGGUUACGUCGGUAAUGCAGAUUAAUCCCGUAGUAACCGGCCGGCAGUGGCAUUUCGGGCUAAAUCUGCAUUACCGAUCUUACCGACUUGGCGAAAAAUUUGCCGACUCAGAAUCUGUGUCCACACGUGUACCUAAAAAGUACACAAUAAAUCAGAAUCAAACGAUCGACUUGUGGUUCAAAUGAGCAAAAAAGUCAUUGUUUUUGCUCUGUUAUUUUUAAUGGUUAUUAUUUAUUUACUCAUCUUUAUUUUACCUUGAUCAGUUGAAAAAUAUUAUUUUUAAAUAUAAUAUUCUGAGGGAUUUCACGUUGUGGGUAAAAUGAGAAACAAACUCACAGAGUUCUCAUUUAUUAUCAGUUAUGAUUCGUUUCAUUUUUAUUUUAUUUUUCUUAUUCUUCUCAUACAGUAGUAAAAUACAACAAUUGAUUUCGUCCACUCGCUAAAUUCUAAGAAACUUCUUAUAAGUGUACAGUGGUCGAUUGCUUUGUUACGUAUUAUAAGUAACGUUCUCCCCUAUUUCAAAGUCAAAAUACAGCGAUAAGGGAAUGUAAUAAAUAAAGAAGAAAAACAAACAGUUGCGUAAUGUAAAUGAGGUCGAUAAUCGUUGAAAUUAGUUUUUGAGCUGAAGUGAUAAGAUCUUUUUCAACACAUUAGAUACAUACCAAUAAUAUUAAUCUUUGGGUAGUUCGAAGUACCAAAGAAAUUCCGAUUUCGCGAUGAAACGGAAACUGACUCCUAAUUCGUGAACUCAUAAAACUUGUAAAUAUAUGAUAUAGGUAUGAGAAAACGUAGCGAAUAUUAGGAAAAUGUACAGAAUGCAAUGAAUUCGUAUUGUAAUUAAUUACUAGGUGUGUAAAAUAUAUUUGUAAUUAUUAUAGGUGAUAAAAUAAUUGAUAUGUUAAGAAACAAUAAAUCGAUAAAGAAAUAUAUUAAAUAAUUCAACGAAUGUAUCUAUAAUGUAGAAAACAUUGACACGAUAUUUGGUUGAAGAUCUAUGUAAACGACUGCCAAUUCCGAAAUAUUAUACAUGUACAUACAUAUAACACGUUGUAUUACGCCAUACGUUGAAAACGUAACUUGACUAUGUAACAUGAACAAAUUGAUAGAUUUAUACAUGUAACGCAUACAUUUAUAUCGAUAAAUUCAACAAUUUAUUAACGAUAAGCAUACUGAUAAAUAAAAUGACCGGUAGCCAUGAUAAUAUAAAUGUGAAAAACUGACCAUAACAGCAAUCUCGAAACAGAAAAGAAUUAUAAAAAUAAUUCUUUCUAAGCCGGUUGGUUCUCAAUUUUUCGUGGUAAUUUGGAGAUAAAAAUUCAACGAUUUUCGAAGAAAAAUUUCACUCACGAACAAAAUCGGUAAAACAGUUUCAUAGAACUGUGAGAACAUAACCUUAAACGGUUCUGCAAUUGUAAAAAAGAGAAAAAUCUAAAGAAUUGAUAGAUUGAAAAUAAAUAAUUUUUCUCCAAUAAAUCGCCAAUUACGGUAUCGGUGAUUAUAUUGUACAUAGUAUCGAUGUGCUACACAUUUCAAAUCGGCUGGACGAUAAGUAUAAAUUGACUAAUUAUAACGAAUUCUGCGGUGAAGAAGUUUGACUGUGAAUUUGAAUGAUGUAUUUACCACGAAAAAAAAAACAGUGUUAAUGUAAAUAUAUUACGUAUGAUAAGUAGGUAUGUAAUAUUGCGGAUAUAUACUAGACUGUGUCCGAAAAAAAUUGUGUUGUCAAAUUUGAAGCUGCUCAUUCAAUAUAUUACAGAGGACACAAAAUAAAACCGAUUCGGAAAGGACUUGUUGAAAUCGUUUCCAAUUUUGGGGUCGUGGAACUUAAAAAUGUGUGUGUUUUGAACCGAUUCGUGUCAUUCUCAGACAUUAAAAUUUAUUGCUUUAUUAUUGAAAUUUAAUGAAAUACGUGACAUAUGAUACUUCAAAGCUGUUGGUGAUAUUCAUUUAGUAUUAUAAUCGUUAAAUGCAAUUUUUAAAGGGUUGAUUUUUGUUUCUUCAAGAACACGUAACGGUCUUUUGGUUAUUUAACUAUAACUAAUGACAAGUUUCAGUUUUGGGAUAAUGGACAGUACGAAGAAAAAGAGUAAACGAUGAAAAAUUUUUCCGAAAAUGUUAUCCGAAACGAUUUUACGUUUUUUAAAAUACAUCCAAUUUUCACGGUGCCAGAGACAAAUAAUGCAACAACAAAUUGUAAUAAUAACGUGGUAGGUUGUAGCAAUAAAUUUUAAUUUCUGAAAACGAUAUAAAUCGUUGAAAAACAUGCGAUUUUUAAUUGUGCAACCCUCAAAUAUGAAACGAUUUCAUUAAAAACUCUUGGAAUCGUUCUCACUUUGCGUCCGCUGCAACAUAUCGAAUGAGCAGUGUUAAAUUCGACAGCACAAUUUUUUUGGCAGAGUGUAAUAUAUGCGUAUUCGAUUAGGGGCACUUGAUGUUUAAAUACGUUACCUUUAAUAUUACCCAAUAAUACGAUAAACGCAAUGCACAAAUAGUCGAUGUAUUGGUACAAUGUAACAAAUCGAAGUUUCAUGAAUCUUUGAUAGAAGUUUAUGUGAAAUAAGUUGCUAACUUGGAAUUGCAAACUAUAUAUAACAUAAUUAUAAAUAUACUAAAUAUCAAUUAUUAUCAUUUAAGAAUAGAGAACGUAUUUCAAACUUUUUACUUAUCGUUGAACGAUACUAUAAUUUAUCUAAAUUUUUUCAUAGCCUACAAUUUAUACGUUUGUUUUCUCUUUCUUAUAUUAAGAAAGCGGCAAAUAUCGUGCGUCUCUUCGUUUGAUAUUCACAUCAUCGCGAAUUUAUUAUACGACGAUUAAUUCAACAUCGAUUAAACAACUCAAUACAACUGUUAUUAAAUAAUUUACGCUUGGCGUUUCAUUUCAAAUCUUUUAUACAAAAGAAUUUAUAAAAAUAAGGUAAAGCUAUAUUGCUAUGCAUUAUAAUUUCCUGUAUGUUGAUUAUUUUGAGACCGCUAAUUGACGUCCGUAACCGAAAAUGCAUGACGAUGAAGUUGUGGUGUUAUUAUCUUUGCAAUAUCGUGCGAUAAUAUGUGAGCAUUAUUUUGCUCGCUAAUAGUGAAAAAAGUUGCUCUAAUAUUAGCGAAUUAAUCCAACAACAUGAUUGAUAUUUUAAACGUGAGCAUGAUAUUAUGUAAUCGGAUGAAAACGGUUAACAAUAAGUAACAAUAAAUAGUCAAUUGUUUCUGAUAAAAAAUUUCGUAAUUAAAUAAAUAAUACAACGUUAGGACCUGAUAUAUACAUAUAUAUAUACUCACUUAGAUAACUUUGAUAAAACAACUGACUCGUGAAUCUUAUUAAACGAACUAACUUAUCGGUACGACGU